CAUUGGAGGAUUUUGAUUCUCUUGCUUUGUUUGGGUACCAAAUUGUUAUGUAGUAAAUUCUUCAAGGACUAUUUAAAUAGAAAUUGCAAGGAAGCCCUGGUAAUUUAGGAAAAAAAACCUCGAAAAACCUUUUACGGCUCUUUUUUCAGUGUUGGUUUUGGUGGUGGUCAGAAAGAGAAGAUGAACAGCCCAGCUCGAGAAAACGACAACCAGGGGGAGAUCUUCCUGAUGUUGAGGAUGAAGAACACUGACUCUGAAAAUAUGGGUGUCGACGAGGAAGCUGAUGACUCAAUGCACAUAUUCACUGGUCACACUGGUGAGAUUUAUGCAGUUACUUGUAGCCCAACACAUCCUACACUAGUUGCAGCUGGUGGUGGAGAUGAUAAAGGGUUUCUUUGGAGGAUUGGUGAAGGAGAUUGGGCUUCUGAACUCCAAGGUCAUGGAGAUUCUGUCUCUAGUUUAACCUUUAGUUCUGAUGGGCAGCUGCUUGCAUCUGGAGGGUUUGAUGGACUUGUUCAGAUUUGGGGGUCAUCCGGAAACCUCAUACACUGACUUGAUGGUCCAAGAGGAGGCAUUGAGUGGGUCAGGUGGCAUCCAAGAGGGCAUCUUAUUUUGGCUGGUUCUGAGGAUUGCACUGUUUGGAUGUGGAAUGCAGACACAGGUGCCUAUCUCAACAUGUAUUCAGGUCAUGGUGCCUCUGUGACUUGUGGUAAAACAAUCUGUACUGGAUGUGAUGAUGCAUCCUUGAGAAUAUGGAAUCCAAAAAGUGGUGAAAGCAUUCAUGUUGUAAAAGGUCAUCCAUAUCAUAUCGAAGGGCUAACAUACUUGGCCAUAAGUUCUGAUUCAACUCUUGCCCUUACUGGCUCAAAGGAUGGUUCUGUCCACUUGAAUAUCUCAACAGGGAAGGUUUGACUUCUUGCUUCCCUCUUCUUAUUUCCUUUAAUCUUAAUACAUGUCCUACUCCUACAAAGUCACUAUUCUUGGUAGAUAAUGCUUUAAUUAGGAACCAGCCUACCUUGUAGGAUAUAUUUGGCAUUGUUCUAAUAUUUGUGAACUACAAAAAAUUUGUGUAUUAUCAUUAUGUUUGUAUCAAUUUGAAAUAUAUAUUUUAGGUUAUAUACUUCUUUUCUUUUAACAUAUCUCAGUUUUCAUACUUCGAAGCGCUAGCUUACAUGUCUGAUAA